AUGGCUACUCCCUCUGCCCGUCCCGUGGCCAACGAGCCCGCCGACGACCUGGCCCAGGGCAUCAUCCCCACGGCCAAGCAGUCGCUCCGCGACCUCUUCAUCUGGAAGCAGCGCGUUGUCGUCAGCAAUGCCUACGGCGAGACGCGAUGCGAAUGGCAACAGCCCGACAAGUUUAUGAACCCCAUUAGCCUCUUUGCCCAACUCACCCCAAAGGCCUGGCUCUUCUUCAUUGUCGGCUGGCUCGCCUGGGUGGCCGACGCCUUUGACUUCCACGCCCUCUCCAUCCAGACCGUCAAGCUUGCCAAGUACUAUGGCCGCUCCAAGGCCGACAUCAGCACUGCCAUUACCCUCACACUGCUUCUGCGAUCGGUCGGCGCCGCCGUCUUUGGCCUCGCCGGUGACAAAUGGGGCCGCAAGUGGCCCAUGGUCUUCAACAUGCUCAUCCUCGGCCUCUUGCAGAUUGCCACAAUAUAUUCUUCCCAGUUUUCGCACUUUCUCGCCGUGCGCAGUCUUUUUGGACUUUUCAUGGGAGGUGUCUACGGCAAUGCCAUUGCCAUGGCUCUUGAACAGUGCCCGUCCAACGCUCGUGGCUUAAUGUCUGGAAUCCUGCAGCAAGGCUACUCUUUCGGCUAUGUCUUGGCAGCAUGCGCCAAUCUUGGCGUUGGUGGCGCCGUCGACACCUGGAAAACCGUAUUCUGGAUCGGAGCCGGCCUCUCCAUCGCUGUUGGUCUCAUCCGAAUGCUCUUCCCCGAAUCCCAGCAGUUCAUCGAGGCCAAGAAGAUGGGCAAGAAGGCAUCCUCGCCUGGCGCCUUUUGGCGCGAGACCAAGAUAAUGGUGGCCAAGGAGUGGAAGAUGUGUGUCUACUGCAUCUUCCUCAUGACCUGGUUCAACUUUUAUUCGCACACGUCGCAAGAUUCGUACACCACUUUCAUGCUUACUCAAAAAGAACUUUCCAACACGGGUGCCUCUCGCGCCUCCAUCAUGAUGAAGGUCGGCGCCUGCGUUGGCGGCACCAUUAUUGGCUAUGCGAGCCAGUUCCUUGGUCGUCGCCGUACGAUCAUCGGCGCAGCCCUCAUGUCGGCCAUUCUCAUCCCCGCUUGGAUCCUGCCCCGUGGUGAGGCCGCGCUCAGCGCGACAGGUUUCUUCAUGCAGUUCUUUGUCCAGGGUGCCUGGGGCGUCAUCCCCAUCCACCUCAACGAACUUUCUCCUCCUGCAUACCGAUCUACCUUCCCCGGCGUGACCUACCAGAUUGGUAACAUGAUUUCGUCGCCCUCUGCUCAGAUCGUCAACGCCAUUGCCGAAAAGACAUUUAUCACCCUCAAGAGCGGCCACAGAGUUGAGGCUUACGGCCCUGUGAUGGGCAUUGCUACAGCCAUUAUUGCCAUUGGCAUCAUCUUCUCUACCAUGUUUGGUCCCGAAAAGCGCGGCCGUGCAUUUGAGAAUGCCGUCGCCGGUGUCGAGACUGCCUCGUCGGAGAAGAUUAGCGCCGAUGACGAUGAUGAGGAAAAGGGUACUGUGGAGCUGGCAGAGGUCAAGGCAGAGAAGAAGUAG